AUGGUAUUAAAUUCGACAAAUACACAGGAAACCAGCCCAGAUUCCUCAAUAAAAACGGAGACAAAUUCUGAGAGUGAGCCACCCACUGUGAAGGCUAAAAGGGGUAAAUCAACAUCCAAGAAUUACCGAAGAAAAGGCAAAAAAAUUGUACCGAAGGAAGCCAAUCUCAUCAAAAACAUACCAGAAGAACACUACUUCAGUGAUGUGUCCGGAGUUUACUACCACUUCAAGAAGAUGGAAUGGCGCACAAUUUGCAAGGACCCAUUUAACAACUCCAAGCGCACUCAGAAGACAUUUGGCAUCAACAAGUACGGUUUCUACGAGGCUAAGCAUAGGGCUGAGAUGACGGCGUUUGAAAUUACCGAGAGGAACCACAUCUCAAAGGUUCUGAGCUCAUGUGGCCGUAUUCUCGUUCCAGAAAAUCACUCAUCUCAAACUCCUUACAAUGUUUCUGCUCCUUAUUUCAAUCCUCAGCUCGACUCUGUUAACAAAAAUUUCCUCAAAAUUCCCUUUGACAAUAGCGUCUACAGUGCUAAAAUGCCACCAAACCUCAACAAUUAUAGUUGCCAUAACGGCAACAUUAUGGUUUAUAAUUUAAAUGGCAUCAAUUCUUUGAGCAUUUUGCCACAAACUAUGCCAUUUGGUGCAAUUCCUGCUAUAAAGAACCAGUUUUACCACUCAGUCCAUAAUCCAAUCCCCUACCCUCUCGUUUCAAUGGAUAACAACAAAGCUUCAAUGUUGUGGCUAAAUGAUUGGCCUGUCAGAUUACUAAAGAAGAAUCAUCCUAGUUACAAUCUUGCCGAUUACUGUCCAAAUUCGAAAAAAAGAUGGGAAUCCAUCUCGGAACAAAUUUGA